AUGUACCAGUUAGCGACAAGGGUACCAUACAGUUUGUCAAAGAUAUCAUCAAAUUACUUCGACACGCAAGGACCGAGCUUUUCUUUGGAGCCGCCAAGUAGAAUUGAAUUCAUGAAUACAGUUGGCAACACGGUGAAUUGUAUUGCCCAUGGAAAUCCUGUGCCAAACAUUCAGUGGUUAGAUAAGGAAAAUAAUCCUAUCACAUCCAUAUCUAAGGUUCGUCACAUUUUGGCUAACAGUUCCUUACACUUUCCUCCAUUUGCCGCUGAAGAGUUCCGACAGGAUGUUCACUGGUCGAUAUAUCGUUGUAUAGCAUCUAAUAGCAUGGGUACUAUUAUAUCAAGGGAUGUGAUUGUUAAAGCGGUGGUUUAUCAACACUACGAACCGGAGGUGCAAAAUCCAGGUGGAUUUAUUGGAAGCAACGUUUUGAUUAAAUGCAAUAUACCGUCAUUCGUGAAGGAGUACGUUACAGUAACCUCCUGGCUACAAGAACCAAACUUUAAUAUUUAUCCAUCACUGGAGGGUGAUGGUAAAAAUCAUAUGUUGCCUACAGGGGAACUUUUAAUAUAUAAUAUCACGAAAAAUGAUUCUCAGAAAAUUUAUCGCUGUCGGACACAUCACAAGUUGACACAGGACUCGAUAGUCAGUAGUAAUGCUGGAAAAAUUCAAUUAACGGAAAUGCGGGAGCUUGUUCCACCCAUAAUGAACGAUAAGACAAUGGCGAUAACAUCUAGAGUUGGAGAUCCUUUGGUUUUGUCAUGUGUUGCUUACGCAAAUCCCAAGCCCACUUACAGGUGGCACACAACACGAUCAAGUAACGAGGAAUCCAUGCAACACAUGCUUGCCACAGGACGAGCUAAGAUUAAAGAUGGCACUCUAAUUAUCUCUGCUGUGGCCAAAUCGGAUAACGGGCUAUUCUUUUGCACCGUUACCAAUUCGGAGGGCAGCGAAACCUUGGAGGUAGAAUUGUCCGUUUCAUCACCUUUGACGGCCAGCGUUCAGCCUCGAGUACAGACGGUUAAUCUAGGUCAUACAGCUGAUUUAAUUUGCAGCACAUCGGGAUUCCCAAAACAACAAAUUGCGUGGUUUAAGGAUGGAAAAACACUGCGAUCCGGAGCUCGUGUACGUCUUUUAUCAAAGGAACACAUACGAAUCACAUCCAUUGUCAAGGAAGAUAAGGGCAUGUAUCAAUGUAUUAUCAAGAAUGACAUAGAAUCAACACAAAGCUCUGCUGAAUUGAGAUUGGGAGAAGUUUCACCGCAAUUGCUUUACAAGUUUAUUGAGCAAACUAUGCAGCCAGGACCUUCCGUUUCCUUAAAAUGCAGUGCCAGUGGUAACCCUACACCGAAAAUUGUGUGGCAUUUAGAUGGAUUUCCCUUGCCAAAUAAUGAUCGUCUCAUGAUUGGCCAAUAUGUUACCACAUUUGGUGAUGUUAUAAGCCACGUUAAUAUAUCAGCAGUUAAAUCGGAGGACGGCGGGGAUUACGAGUGUAAAGCUAUUUCCCGAGCAGGAGAGGCGUCGCAUUCUGCCCGUCUCAAUAUAUAUGGUAUGCCUUAUAUACGACAUAUGCCCAAAUUAUCUGCUGUCGCUGGAAAGAUGUUUGCUCUAAAGUGUCCCAUUGCUGGAUACCCUAUUGAGAGUGUGUAUAUCGAAAAAGACGGCAUGAGAUUACCCAUCAAUAUGUGACAGCGUGUUCAAAAUGGAACUCUUGUUAUCGACAAUGUUCAAAGAGCUGCCGAUCAGGGUACAUAUACCUGCAUCGCCCGCAACAAACACAAUUACACUUCCCAGCGCUCAGUUGAAGUCAAAGUCUUGGUUCCACCCAAGAUUACACCAUUUUCAUUCGCACGCGAUCUGAACGUCGGUGACCGCACAAGUAUUCAGUGCGUUAUUGGCACCGGGGACCUGCCGCUUUCAUUCACUUGGCUGAAGGAUGGAAAACCUUUGCCACCGGCAUUUUUACCUCCGGAUCCGUCGUUAACAAUCAAUCAAUAUACCCCAUUUUCCAGCAUAUUGUCCAUACAUAACGUCUCCUCAUGGCACAAUGGCAACUACACUUGUAGUGUGACCAACCACGCUGGCACUGUUGAAUAUACAGCUGUUCUUUCGGUUUCGGUACCACCGCGUUGGAUCUUAAAGCCCACCGAUCAAGACGCCAUCUUGGGAAAUGCAGUCAUCGUAUCGUGUAAAGCUGACGGAUUUCCCCUGCCAACUAUUCAGUGGAAGCAGUCUAUAGGUGACACUGGAGAAUAUCGGGAUCUUAGUUAUGCCAUGGACAACGGAAACUCACAUGCUGUUUUGGUUGCCCAUUCAAAUGGAUCUCUGAUGAUAUCAAAGGUCAAUCGGGAGCAUGAGGGGAGCUAUCUUUGUCAGGCCAGCAAUGGAAUUGGAGCUGGUUUAAGCACAUUGAUUAAAUUAACAGUCCAUGUUGGUCCUUCAGUCACGGUUAGUAAAAAACAGUUAUCGAUUCGACGUGGUGAACGUAUUACCCUGCGUUGUGAGGCAAACGGUGAUCAGCCACUGGAAAUAUCUUGGAGAUCGAAAGCCUUACGAAUUGAUCCAUCUUACGAUAUACGUUAUCAUAUCAAGAAUUCUCCUCUAGCUCGUGGUGUUUCAUCUGAGCUCACGAUCUUGCAGACGGUUCUCACCGACAGAGGGGAAUACACUUGCAUUGCGAACAAUGCCUAUGGACGUGAUAGAAGCGUCAUUCAUGUUCAGGUCCAGGAACCGCCUAAUUUCCCUGUUAAUUUGCAUGUUCGUGAUCUAGGAAGUCGCUCGGUAACGUUAGCUUGGUCUCCAAAUGAUCAGGAUUCUGUUAUACUGGGCGGAGGAGGCGCCAAUAACCGGGACUCUCAGCCCAUAUCAAACUAUAUUUUACAGUAUAAAAAGGCUGGAGAUGUUUGGCAUGAGCACAAUAAUCAAAAGCUUUUGCCCGGUGACAGAACUACGGCCCAACUGGGUUCCCUUCGUCCAGCUCAAGUCUAUCACAUUCGUCUCUUUGCGGAGAAUCAUUUGGGCACAAGUGCUCCCAGCGAUGUGUUGUUUGUGCAGACAGACUCCGAAGUUCCCUCUGCACCGCCACAAGAUGUGACCGCGGAACCACUGGGACCACAACAGUUGCUGAUUACCUGGCGAGCACCUGUGCGGGAUUCGUGGAAUGGAGAGUUGUUGGGCUAUACGAUCGCCUACCAGAAACAGGGAACUCCAGACAGUGUGCAGAAUCAUACGAAGGUGGGAAGUCUGAUUACAGAGGGUCUCAACGACUUUCGUCUUAUUGGAUUGGAGAAGUACACACAGUACGGGAUCACAGUGUCUGCAUUCAAUGUGAAAGGCGAUGGACCGCCGAGUGAAGUGGCAUUGGGUCACACCCUGGAGGAUGUUCCCUCGGCAGCCCCUCGAUCAGUGACCUGCAUUGCGUUGACAGCCCAGAAUAUACAAAUAUCCUGGCAAUCACCACCAAAGGAAUUGAGUCAUGGCAUAAUACAGGGAUACAAGUUGCUCUAUGAGCCAGGAUUGCUUGAGAGCGAGUACAGCGUGAGGGAAACGAAGAUUACAUCGGCUCUCAGCACCGUUCUACAUGGCUUGCAACCGUAUACCAAUUAUAGUGUCCAAGUUCUGGCUUUUACUCGUGCCGGGGAGGGAGUAUCGAGUCCUCCCGUCUCCUGUAUCACAGAGGAAGCUGUUCCAGAUGCGCCGGAGCUUGUCAAGUCUGCCGUGAGCACGGAAUCAUCAGUGAUUGUCAGCUGGUUGCCACCUCGACGUCUGAAUGGAUUGAUUACCAAGUAUAAUGUCUACAUACGAAUUCUGGAAAAGGGUCAAGAAUUGAAAAUACUCAAGGAAGUUCUGCCGGCCCACAAUCUUCACUUCGAGGCAAAGGAUCUGAACUUUCGAGAGACAUACGAAGCUUGGGUUACGGCAUCCACAAGAGUGGGUCAGGGUCCAAGUACUCCAGUAAUUAAACUUGUGCCCAGCACUUCGAUUCCCGCUGCCAUAAUAUCCUUCAGUCAAACACUUCACGUCAAUUGGAAGUCGGACAUUAAAUUGCCUUGUGUUUUUGUCGGAAACCCGAAAGCAAAUUCCGAAUGGAAGAUUAUUAAUACACGUUCCAAGAAACAGUUUCCACUGGAAGUGAGCCAUGAUAAUAUUCUCAGUCUGCGCAAUAUCCAAAGAUCCCAUGAGGGGAAUUAUUCAUGUGUAGUCAGAAAUUCCAUUGGCUCUGAUCACAUCGUUUAUCAGCUUUUUGUACAAGUUCCGCCCUCUGCUCCAAUUGUUUCUGUAAAUUCGGUGCAAAAGAAUUCGGUGUCAAUUCAAUGGAGAGUUGAUGAUAUUGGAGGUGCUCCUAUCAAAGGGUAUACUUUAACAUAUAGACGUGACGCUGGUGAUUGGGAGGAGAUUCAGGUAGAUCGCCGGAUUACCUCAUAUAUGCUCGAGGAUCUACAGUGUGGCACCAAGUAUAAGUUUACCAUGAAUACUUACAAUAAAAUUGGAACAAGUGCAGCCAGUUCGACAAUAUCAGCUCAGACAAAGGGCAACAAACCAUUGGCACCACAGAAAAAUAGUUUCCUACGUUCAAAUACAACAUCGGUUAUUCUUGAUUUAUCUUCUUGGCAAGAUGGAGGUUGUCCCAUAGUUCACUUCAGCAUCGAAUUCAAGCGCUAUAAAUCAUCGAGCGAUUGGAUUAUUGUCUCAAAUAAAAUAGAAACUAAUACACGAUAUAGCAUCGGAGACUUGGAACCCGGCACAGCUUACAAUCUGCGAGUUACGGCAAAUAAUAAUGCUGGCUCGACUACCAAGGAAUACUACUUUGAGACACAAAACUUGAUUGGAUUUACCGGAGGAUUGAGUCCCGAUGAGAUGCCCAAUGAUCAGCAAACUGUUUUCAGUGAUGCUCAUUUGAUAGCUGUUAUCAUAUCAUCGAUUUUUGGCACAAUUCUGGCACUAAUUGGAGCAUUUAUAUGCUUUAAAAACUAUCCUCGCACUCUCUUCACCCGAAAUCUUGAUUCGUUAAGGCCUCAAAAUGGAGCUUCCGAUGGCAAGGAUAUUCAGAGUCGUGAACACUUUUAUGGUACAGUACGAAAAUCUUGCCAGCAAUCUCCGCCGGAAUCGGUGGCUGGACUUGAGCGUAUACCAGAAUACUCAGAAGAUAUCUAUCCUUACGCCACAUUCCAUUUACCAGAACAUGAAAACCAAACUGGAAAUAUUCCCUUAAACUACACAGGAAGCUCAUCCAAAUACGACUCACGCUGUGGAGAUGAAAGCACCCUGUGCAGCUCGGGGAUAAAGGGGAAACGUACCACCUCAACGAUUGUCGGAGGAGGAAACUCAAAUGCGAAUCUAACCAGCAUGAUAGUCGGCUCACCUGAUGAAAGCAAUCACUUAAAUACGGAUAAAAGACAUAAGCGUCGCUCAAAGAUUAUUAAAUCGGAAUCAGAAGAAUACGACAGUCUAAAUAGCGAUAGUGAACUUAGCGGAGAAAGGGAACGCAUUCGCGAUGAUAGUCGAAGUAUUCGGGAGUCUUCUAGUUACAUCGAGGAUGAAGAAAUUACAGCACAUAGCAAGAAAAUGCGUAAUAGUGGAGGAAAUAGUAAGGACAGGUCUUCUGUUUUUAGCAGACCUCAACUGCAUACAUCUUGGACCCCGUUCCCAUCGACUACAGGCUCUUUGAGCCGUCAGCAAAGCAACAACGGAAAUCAACGCAUUCUGGCGAUUCCCAGCGGAAAGCUCUCUCAAUUGCAUCUGCCAAAGAUCCAGCCCAAUGUUCAGAUCUGUCCCGAAGUAUACCCAGUCGCCAGCGAUUCAAAAGUGCCGAUAGUAAUGCCAACAGCGGCACCCUUAGUCGCGAUUGUGGGGAAAACAAGGGCAUCACCCGACCAAUUGCCCAAUCGGGGUCAUAUAUUGAAAAAUUGAAAGUCCAACAGCAACAGCAAAGAAAUCCAGAUCAACAUGGUUGUAUAUCGUCAAUAACAUGCUAUAACAAAAGCUAUGGUGAUAAGAAUGCGAAAUCAUUAAUGAAUAAUCGAGGAGAUCAACCAAUAGAAUUAAUCAGUUCACAUCGUCAUAUUUACAGUAUUGAACCACUUGAAUUAAUGGAAGCAAACUCCAGACAUUUAGAAUACAAUGCCAUGGAAACUCUUAGUAAUGCCGAAACAUUAGCAAUGGGCACCACAAUGAUUGACAACAAUAAAUAUCAAAUGGAAAAUAGUUUGGAAAACAUACCAAGUUGUAGUAUCUUGCAAAAGAUUCAGAAAUCUGACCAAAUUGAUCAUAUACUUAAUGAAAAACAUGUUAGUCCGCCAUCAGCGUUUAUUGACAGAAUUGGUCAAACUUAAGCAUUUUUAUGAAUGUUUUUUAGAUGUAUCUUUAAUAAGAUCAUCAAUCGAUUUAAGGUUUCCUUCAUAUUCUUCAUAUUUUUCAAAUAUUCUGACAUACAUUUUAGAUUAUGCUUGACCUUUAGACUGAAAUGUUCCUUGAUCAGAACUGCAAGUCGAUCUACUAAGUAUUAUACACUGCCGAAUCGCGAAUAUGAAUACAAGAUCAAUUCUUAAUCUUACACUCAGUUCAAUAACGAAUACGAGUUUAUUCGAAUACAUAAGAUCAAUUAUACUUGAAUUUCACAAUUGGAUUUUAGUCAAAGGAAUAUCAAUAAUCAACUAAAUAUAGCCUUAAGAAGAUAGACAAUUGAUGUGAGAUCACCUUUACAGUGGUCGGCUCCAAUUGCGAUUGAACGAUUAUUACUUGAAUUAUAAAUUUACUUAAUUCAUAACAAAUGCUAUAGGCAUAGAUUAUUACUGUAACUCUCGAUGAUUACUUACUGUCUAAUUGAAUUGAUGUGUGUUAAGAAUCAAAAUGAGUACCCGUCGCACACUCGUAGCAUUUGUUAGAGACAGCAUUUAUUGGGGGCAGAAAAUUUGGAUCAAUGUCAAUAGUAUAAAUUAGACUGAGGCACCAAUGCUAUCGAUUCAAGAAUAUUUGAGAACAUAUAAUGAUAUCAAAGAUCCAAGUAUAUGUGUAUAUUAAUAUAUAUAUAUAUAUAUACAUCUCUCUUAACAUACUCGUAACAUAGAUAACGGAAUAAUGGACAUUCUUAACAUUAACUCGUGGUAACAUUUAAGUAUACACUAGUUUUAUACUGUUACAAGCAAUUAUUGCAAUUUUAAAUAACAUAAUCAUAUUAAUUCAUCAUUAAAAUACCUAUUAUAGCGAUUCAAGACAAAUAGGCCGUUAUAUAUAUAUAAAUAUAUAUACAUAAAACGUAUGUUAUAAGAAAGCUUACAUGUGCUGAGCAUAAAAGAUGUGUGUAUUCGUUUUAAGAUAUUUUAAAUUCAAGCUCAAUUUGUACUGUCAAUUGAAAUAGAAAAUUAAAAGGAUGUUGUGUAAAAA